UAUUAUAUCGAGCCGCCAUACGAAUACAUAUACACACACACGCCGAGGAGAAAGACUCCUUUUUUCAUUCUGCACUCGGGGGGCCUUAUAAAACAUACACAUAGUCGUAGCUUCGUGAUCGUCGCGUUACCAAUAGGCACAUUAUAUAGAAAACACACCCAAUGAUCGAGCCGUGGGCGCCGCUCCAACUCCUCGUUGCUGCACCACUUCUCUGUGUAGUUACAUAGCUGUGCGCUGCCUCUCUGUGCGUGUGUGUCAGUAUUAUUAUACACGUAUAUAAAAUAAUCGCGCGGUGCUCCGCUCGUGCAGGUAUAUUAUAACAUGGUGCGAGUAUAGGAGUUUUGAGAGCAGAGUGUGUGUUGUACGUGCCGUAAUAAGCGCGCGAGCGCGACUAGGCUGUUUCUUCGUUUCUUUUUUUUUUUGGUUUGGUUUGGUUUGCAUUGCAUCGAAGAAACAAGGAGACCCACGACGAACCGUGUCCAAUGAGUGCUCGAUAAAAACUCGCGACGCUGAAAAGUUUUUUGGCCAGAAACUGUGCGCGCGUGUUUGUGUGCCUUUUGGUUGUUGUCAACAAAAAAAAACCCGCGCUGCAAGUACAGUAGCAGUGUGCUGCAGUCAACAACAUGCCGCCCAAGAGAAGAUCCGACAAGGAUCAUCAGCUGCAGCAGCAGCAGCAGCAGCAGCAGCAGCAGCAGCAACAACAGCCACAGUCCCAACAGCAAGAAGUCGGAGUAGCAGCCACAACGGCGACGGCGUCCUCGGCUGGCAGUACCAACGGCAACAGCAACAAUCCGAGAUCCGCUUUCGCCGAUCACGAGCUGUUCCUUCAGGCGUUCGAGAAACCGACGCAAAUCUAUCGAUACCUACGUACCCGCAAUCAAGUAUCGCCGAUAUUCCUGCACAGAAAUCUCAGCUACAUGAUGGACUGGCGAAUGAAGCGCAGCAACAGGACGAGGCGCAACUUUCGCGUCAACUCGAUUCUCGAUCGGCAGCUGGCCAAGAUCGACAAGAACGUCGCGGGCAACGGGCGCAUGACCAUCACCUUCGCCGGCGUCUUUCAUCCGUCGCUGAGCGACACCCAGGAUCCCGUCACGGUCGAGACGUAUCUCGUCAAGAUCUGCCACAAGAAGCGCAAAGACGUGAGCACGCCGAUCAUGCAGGUCUCCGUGGGUAGCGCCAAGAUCCCCGUGAAUCCGACGACGCAGUCCACCAACGGCGUCGGUGGUGCGACGACGACGACGACGACGAGCUCGUCCCCGGCGACGACCAUACACGUGCCCAAGGAGUCGUUCAACCUCGGCGGUACCUCCAAGACAUACAUGCUACUGAUGACGGUUCAGUUCCCGAGCUCGAGCUCGCCCACCAUGAACGGCGACAGCGACGAUGAACCGGCCGCCAAGCGCUGCAAACUGUCCAACGGUACGGCCAGCGGCAAAGAGCCGGAGACGCGAAUCUACAGCUCCGAGCUCACCGUCUACGACAAGCACAACAAAUGCCAGCUGACGGAGGGCGAGUACGCCCUGAGCCUGACCGAGAUACAGGGUGCUGCGCGUGGCAGCCCCAAGAAGCAUCUGUCCUGGGAGACGCUGACGCAGGAGGCCAAACGCGACUGUCCGCCCGUCGACGAUUUCGAGCAGCAGCUGUUGCUCAAGUUCAAGCUGAGCUGGACCAGAGAGCUGGGCAACGCAGCGCAGAACGGAUUCGUCGACAGGAGCGCGAGCAACGGUCUGCAGUCGGCGGCCACCGCUGCCGGCGACAACAAAGAGAACAGGCCUGGAAACAAUGGCCUCAUUCACAACAACAACACGUCCACGAACAACGCCAAUAACUCGUCGCUAAACUCAUCUAGUCUGUUAGGAACUCCGAAGGUUACCCUGGCGAACGGAGAAUUGGCCGAGGCGUCCAAGCGACACCAGAUCGUUUAUCAAUUCCUGUACAACAACAACAGUCGACAGCAGACCGAAGCCUGCGAGGAUUUUCAGUGUCCCUGGUGCUCGCUCGAGUGCGGCAAGCUCUACUCGCUGCUGAAGCACUUGAAGCUCUGCCACUCGCGAUUCAUCUUCACUUACGCCCCCAUACCCCAAGGUGCCAGGAUAGACGUUGCCAUAAAUCACUAUUACGACGGCUCGUACUCGGGCAGUCCGCACACGCUCAUCCAGCAGCCGAGCACCUCGAAAAACGCGAAAACCGGCCCGGCCAGGCGCACGAGCGUCUCGAACAUUUUAGUCUGCAGGCCAAAGAGACCGAAACCGAGUCUGUCGGAAUUUUUGGAGCCCGACGAGAACGAGCUCGAGAGUUCGAGGCCUUACAUAACUGGGCACAAUAGGCUGUAUCACCACACGGUCACCUGCUUACCGAUCUAUCCCAAGGAAUUGGACGUGGACUCGGAGGGCGAGAACGAUCCCAAAUGGUUGCAAACCAAGACGAUGAUGAUGAUCGACGAUUUCACCGACGUGAACGAGGGCGAGAAGGAGCUGAUGAAGAUGUGGAAUCUUCAUGUUAUGAAGCACGGUUACGUGGGUGACUGUCAAAUACCCUUGGCCUGUCAGAUGUUCGUCGAGCAACGCGGCAAAGAAUUGCUCAUGAAGAAUCUCUAUCGAAACUUCAUUCUGCACAUGAGCAAUCUUUUCGAUUUCAGCCUGAUUAGCCCGCCGGUGCUAUUUCAGACGAUACAAAAGCUCCAGGACAUCAUGCAGGCCGAGGGCGCGAACAGCGAGGCUCGCAAGGUCCUGCAAAAGGCCCACGCCGACCAGGUCGAGUGGUGGAGCGCCAACGGCUCGCAGAAUUUCAGCGAGCCCGUCAAGACUGCGAAUAGCGUUCAAGCGAGCAAAGUCCAUUUCAACAAUCAGGACACGCAUCGUCGCAAGACGACGACCCUGCCGAUGAGCUCGCCCCCGGGCAAUGCGCAUCUGCACGCCAAGCACCCGAGCAUGAUGUCGAGCGGCACCAAUGCCCUCGGCAACUUGCACUCGCCGAAAGACGCGGCUGCCCCCGCCGUAGCCGCGUCCGUCAAUGGCGUCGACGCAGCCUCCUCCUCGCAGCAGAUCCGACGCAAGAGCGCCGCGAUCGAUCAUCAGCAGGACGGUAGUAGUGGCGCUUCUGGUAAUAAUGCCAAAGCGUCGGCGACGACGACGACGACGACAACGUCCACCACGGGGAUGCAACGACGCAAGUCGUCCGUGGGGGGAAACGAAAGCGAGUAUCACAGGCGUAAACUGGUACUCGAUCCCGUGCCCAAUGGCACGACCGCGACUAAGACUGUGCAAAACGGCUCGUUUUAAUGAUAAUAACAAAAAGAAAGAAAGAAAGAAAGAAAUCAACGCCGUCGCUACUAGGAAUAAAAUGUAUAUUACGAUUAUAUUAUUAUAAUGGAUGUUGAAAAGUUUGACUUUUAAUGUUGUUUCGCGUGAAUGGAUUCAUGCUUCGCUCGUUUUGUAUUUUUAUUGACAAAAUAACAUUGUGGUAUAAAUGAAAUAAAGAGACGUCCACAUAGAAAUGGCAUGAUCCUCGGCGGUGGUUCAAUUUUGAAUGAAUUUGUUGAACGUUUGUUUAUCAUAAAUUUACAAAUCAACAUUUGUACAGUAUUUGUUGGAAUUAUCAUAUUACUUGAGUUUAAAACAUUUUCUAUUUUAUCGAUCAGGUCAAGUAGAAUAAUUGUCGAAAGUUAUCGAUCCCAUUUUCGUUAAGACAAUUGUUUUAAAAGGACUUGAUAUCUAGUAGAAUUGCAAAGAACUAUUAAUUUUUUUUCAAAUGAAACAAAGAGAUCAUGAAAAAUUAGACGCAAUUUUUAUUAAGUUUUUCAAUUUUGUAUAACUUAUUAAGUUUAGGUAUUAUUUCUUCUUCAUGAACUUCGAAUGAACUAAUAUCGUUCAUUUUUUGCUUUCAAUAGCGAAAUUAACAAAUAAUGUAAUUAAUUACGAUUUACGUUUGAAUUAUUUUCCUUUGAUCAUAAAUUCAUGCAUUUUUACUGAAUAACGAUUCGCUUUCAUAACGCUUCAA